ACUUAUCAAAUGAACACUAAAAUUUACAAUAAUUAUUAUCUUCUUUGUUGUUUGUUUUUUAUUCAAUAUUUGCGUUAUAAUGUUCGCGUCAAUACAGGUUUAGAAAAUUGAGACUUCACGUUUAUGGUUUAAUCGACCAUCCAUGAAUUUCACGUACUUUUUUUGUGUGGUGUAUGAUAAUACCAGGUAUAUUUAGUGUUGUGCUGAAAGCUUUCAACUUUCUUACCUUACCGUCGAGUGUUUUUAUAAUUGCAUUCGCGAGUGUGUUUGUAUCGUAUUUUUCGAUAAUUUGCAAUAUUGCAAGUCAUUAGACAUUCCGUUAAAUGGAUUUAAAGAAACCGUUUAAUGAGGGUUAUCAGUUUCUGAGAAGGAUAUUUACAUUUUCGAAAAAAUGUAACCAGCGACAAGAAAUCAGCAAUCCUUUCAACAAGUACGAAUACUAUAUUUACAAAUUUCAGAGUAUCGUCGUCUGGGAACGUCCUGUGCAGACUUUAUCAUGUCUUCUGGUCAUACAGUUGCUAUUUUGGAUGGUGGUUAAUUUAUGCUGGAAAUUCUACGGAAUCAUUUUCACGUUACUGUUGAUCUUCUGCACUCAUGAUGUUUGGACGGAGAAGAUUUGGCCUGAGAUUAGAGUCGCUAAACCUGAGAUGACCCCAUAUCAAGAUAACUGGAUUUCAUCCAAUCCUAGGAUCCUGAAUAUAAACGAGCUUAAUGAAUACUUCAAUAAAUUUAUGAUCCAUUUAAAAAUGACUUUGGUUAAACUGCGAAAUUUACGUAAUUCGUAUCCGAUGUUGUUUUGUUCAACUCUCAGCUUUGUCUUCGGCAUGCUAACCAUCGUGGGUUGCACCAUUUCCGGCAUAUGGUUGUUGUACGUAUUGGUAAUGACGGUAUUUUUAUCGCCGGGUAUUUACAUACACGUGCUACCACCAUCUUACAAAUCAGCUGCAAAAGAAUAUUUGAACAUUGUUUGUCAUUUGUUGUCAUCUGACGCUGCAGUCGUCGAUAACGACGAAGAUGAAUAUAUUCCUAAAAUGUCCAAAGAGAAUUUAAAAACACUCGACGAAGCUUACGCAAGUGUUUUUCACGUCGACGACAGCGAAUCCAGCAAUACUGCUGCUUUCCAAGAUUCUUUGGUUUCUGGAUUGACGGCGAUGCCUUCUUACGAUGACACAAGCAUCGAUGGAUUCGCAAAGCACGGUAUCCUAGACGAGGACAGUAUUAAACAACUCGAUAUCUCCGAUACCAGCUCGGUAUCGUCAGAUGUAUCCGAGAGUAUGAAAUUUCAAGGUAGUCAUUUCGAUCAUGGCGACGACGAAUUCGAUACUUCCUCGGACGAUAAUGAGAGUGCAUUUAUUCCGGAUGUGGCGUCCUCGUCCGUUCGUAAUUCAAAUAAAGAUAAACACCCAUCGCAAUCUUCCGAUGUACUAUUUAGUAGUCUAGUAUCGAAGUUAACGUUGCCCGGUAUCAAUCAAUUAGGCAGAAAUAUCUUGACCAACAUAAUGCCAUCAUCAAAGUCCACCAGUUCACAGAAUAAACCUACCCAACAACAGCAACCGAAUCAGUGCAGUACUGAUGAAGAAUUUGAAAUCGUUAACGAGAGUGAUAUUAAUUAAGAAUUCAAAAUUUUCGAUGUGUUCUGAUUUUAAUCUACUUUUUUUUUCUAAUGUUUUAUUUUCAAACUAAAAUGUGUAAUAAUGAUGUAAUUUUUAACAAGAUCUUAACAAUGUAGAUGUUUUUUUUUCUCCAUUUUGAGUUUUGAAAAAUGUAAAAAAGUUUGUGUUUUAUUUAGUAAUCAAAAAUACUCAUUACCGGAUGUUUUUGAAUUUUAUGUAGGUUUUUUUCUUCUUUUUUAUCAUCGAUUGUAUAAUGCUAUAUGUGUACAUGUAAUGGCUUUAUAGUAGAUUAAUAAUGAAAGUUGGAUGAAUGUAAUAUAAUUUUGUAAUAUUUUAUGUUAUUCGUAAUGAAUUCUUAUUUCUUAUAUCUUUCUCUCUUCCCUUCAGCUCCUCCUAUUCUGUCUCCCCUUUUUCUUUUCUUCUUUUUCGAAUAAAACUUUAUUGCAGUAAA